AAAGCGCACUGAUUUAGUUCUAUCAAUAAGUAAUACAAAUAUUUAUACAGCAAGUGACGAAUCAUUAUUGAUGAAAACUUCAUACAAAUUAUUGCACAUAGCGUUUUAUUGAUACCUUCGUACCCCCAUGAUUUAACCGCAACAGGACCUGCUUUAUUUACUUAUAUCCGGGUGUGGAACAUAUAAAAUGAAUUUUGGCCUUUUCAUAAAACAGAGAAAGUGCUACACGCCACAGCUAAAGUCAUUUCGAACAUAUAGUAAAAUCAUGAAGACUUUCCUAACAAUUUAUAUCACAGCAGCGAUCUGCAUAGUUUCCACGGCUGGACAUGGGCAUCGUCAUUACAACGGAUGGCACGGGAAUCGCUACAGCCAUUCUCAUGGCAGUGGGUGGAGUAGUGGUAGUACUGGUUGGACGUCCCCUUCUCCCCCGGACACGGGCGAUACCCGCUCCCUCGACCAACUCUACCGCUUAGCUCUUGCCGAAGGGGGAAAUCUCAUCGUGUACGCGGGAGGGGACUCAGCCGGCCAGAUGGACGAAAUUAAGGCCGCCUUCGAAUCCCGCUUUCCUAACAUUAAGGCCGAAAUGAUUGUCGACUUCAGUAAAAAUCACGACGUGCGAAUCGACCGACAAUUAAGCGAGGGAAAAUUAAUCCCGGACGUGACACACCUUUCAUCCGUCCAUGACUUCCCGCGGUGGAAAAAAGAAGGCGUCCUUCUCCAAUACAAGCCGGCUGGAUGGGAUCAAGUACACCCUGAGUUUAAAGAUGCCGAUGGAUUCUUUACCGGUCUGGUGGUGGUCGCAUUUAGCAACAAUAUUAAUCGAGACCUGUUAGGAAACAAUAGUGCGACAUGGCCAACCGAAGCGAAUGAUUAUCUCCGGCCUUCCCUUAAAGGUAAAAUCGUCUCAGAGUACCCACAGGAAGAUGAUGUCGCCCUCUUUUGGUUCAAAAAGGUCGUCGACAAGUAUGGAUGGUCUUGGUUGCAGAAAUUCGUCGCCAAUAACCCCACUUUUGUGCGCGGGGCGCAGAUUCCUUCCGAAAUGGUGUGGGAUGGAGUGAGCUCAGCGACAUUUACGACGGACGGCAUGAUGAAGCCCAAGGAAACGUACCCCGUUCAGUUUGUCCUUCCAAAGGCGGAUCCUUUCGUAUCGUUUGCACAACUUGGCGCCAUAUUUAAAAAUGCAAAACAUCCCGCCGCAGCAAAGUUGUAUUUGAGCUGGAGGCUUAGUUACGAAAUGCAGAAUGAUGUGUGGUACAUGUGGAGUGUACGAAAGGACGUACCAGUGCCCGAGGGGUACAAGGGUAUUUUCAACUAUAAGGGGCAAACUGAUCCGAGGGAGUUUGCGGAAUGGAUGGAAGAUCGUGCGGCGGUGGAAAGGUUUCGAACGCAGGUUACCUUGAUCGUGGGAGAGAUGGUGGGGCCCAGCCCGCCAGGAAAUUUGGGACCUUAUCCAGCCAAGGCUCUUCAACACUAAAUAUUAUCCGACACGUCAAUAUGAUGAAGAGCAGGUUCCAAAUUGGACAAAUGAAUAAAUUUAUUGCAUAAUAAAACCCAUUUUAUUUUAUUCUUUGUUACUAACUUUUUUGAAAUUUCGAAUUUUUUAAAAAUAAUUCAAGGUCUUGAAAAUUUCAAAAUUUCAAAAAAGUUGAGAUUGCUAUACUGGACACGAUCAGACGAUUGACAGUUGAAGCACAUGAAAAUAGAGCUUUUUUCGUGUUUUUCACACCUUUGAGUGGGUGUGGCGGGCGCAAAUGUGGCCACAGUAAAACCACUUUAAGGUUACGAAUCACAGGGGACCCUAAUAUGCAAAGGGUAUCAAGAUCUGAGAGGGGCAUGUAUUACAUAAGUAAACAUGUAUGUAGGUAUGUAUGUAUUCCAGAAUUUUCUAAGCAAUUUUAUUUGAUAUUUAAAUGAGCGUUCAAAUAUCACAUUAUCAUGUUUCUCGCAAUAAAGGACUGUAUACAUAAUACAUUACAUACAUGCUCAAUCACCAUCAUUCCUCAAAGGGACUGACUGACCCCAUGUGAUCACGUUACCAUUAAAAACUCCUAAGCACGCCAAAAAGGUCAAAACUUACAUCUUAAUUAUAAUUUUUAUAAUUAAUCAAUAUUAUGAAAAUUUACACAUACAUAUUGUUGGCAAAGAAGAAACACCUCGAAGUAACACAAAAUAAUACACAGAGUAGAAAAAAUUAAGGUCGUAAUUUUCAGGAGACCACAACUGUCCAGUUUCUAUACCCGACAAGUUAGUCAUUGCGAGAUAAAGGGUUAAACCAUGGUUCCAAUUCAUGGAAGCUGCUAAACAUGGACGUCCAUAUUUGGGUUGGAACAAGCUAAUAUGAAUGCAAUCGAAAUCAAAGUUGAUUAUGAUGGAAUGGCUCAUAAGGAACGCUUG